CAAUGGAAUUGAAAAAAUGUGAGAGCUGGAAUGAAAGAUCUAAUAUUUUCGCUGAACAGUUCUCAGUUAUAUAUACGUAUCUGUCACUUGCAAAUUUAAAGACGCUUGGUAUAACGAUUUACAAACAUUUAUCCGCUCUUCGAGAAUAUGAUCCUUCUACUUUGCCGCCUAUUAAGUCUCCCAUAACGUUACUAAAAUGUAUAUCCUCGAUUAAUAUGCCGAUCGGAGAGGAUUAUGGAUUGAACAAGGUAACUCAAGGUGUAGUGAAAGUACAUUGUAUUGAAGGUAAUCAUGUGACAAUCAUGAAAAAUGAAAAAGUGGCGGCUGCAAUUAAUGAAGAAUUACCAUUUACAAUUUGA